AUGCAACUCCACCGCCUCUGCAGCCCGCCGCUCCUGCUGCUGCUGCUGCUGCUGCUGCUGCUGCCGGACGCAAGACGGCUCUGGGUGGCAGAGAGGAGUUGUCCGGAGAUACUAGCUUGGAGCAGUGCAGAUGGUGGAGGAGGGGAGCGGUGGAGAUGUGACGAGACAGUGGAUGAGGUGUGUGCUCAAAUUGAGGAGCAGAUGUCCAUUCUGAACCUGUUGUCGUCAGACGAGGGCACCUCAGAGGAGGAGCAUCUCCGUCUAAGCAUGGUGCAGCUAGACGUGGAGCGGUCAAAAUGGCUCCUACGUGCCUUUCUCCGGACAAGACUACACAAGCUGGAGUCCUACGCAAUGCACUACUCCUCGCUCGCACCAACCCGUCGCUCGCAGCUCCUCUCACCACUAGAGCAAGCCUACCUGACAAAGUACACUUCGAUUCAACAUGCUCACUUUUCCAGCUCGGUACUCGACUACCUCCCCGAGCCACUGCGCUCGCUUACUGAUGGUAGCGAAGACGCUGGGGUUGAGGGAGAGGGCGCUGCGAAUCGCGGUAGUGGUGCUAAAGGAGGCAUGGUCCCUCGACCGGAUAUGGGUGCACCGGUGUUCAUUCGAUGUGGAGAGGAUUGUGGAGAGGUGCGAACGGAGGAUGGGGAGAGUGCGAAUCUGAGUAGGGGGAGCGUGCAUAUCCUGACUUAUGGGAGUGUGAGGACAUUGGUACUCCAGGGGAGAGUGGAGCUGCUCUGA